AUGGAAUAUCUUAGCAUGAGCCUAAAUGGACCGAAAGAAGACAAAACUUUCAAAUAUCAUCCUAAGUGUGCUAAGCUAGGCAUUACUCACUUGAGUUUUGCUGAUGAUUUGUUGUUGUUCUCUAGAGGUCAUCUACCAUCAAUUGCUGCCUUGCACAGAUGUUUCAGUCAGUUCUCUCAAACCUCAGGCCUACAAGCUAAUUUAGGCAAAAGCUUUGUCUACUUUGAGGGAGUUUCUCAAACUGAGAGAUCAAGGAUACUACAACACUUUGGAUAUGUCCAAGGGGAGUUAACUUUCAGGUACCUUGGCAUACCACUCUCAACUAAGAAGAUUUCAUUAAUGCAAUGGCAACCGCUCAUUCAGAAAAUAGUGGCACGAGUGUCUUCCUGGACAACAAAGAAGUUAUCAUAUGCAGGGAGAGUGCAACUAGUACAAAGUAUUCUAUUUGGCAUAUGGGCUUAUUGGGCUCAACUGUUUCCCCUUCACAUUAAGGUUUUGAAGCUCAUUGAUGGUUAUUGUCGAAGCUAUGUAUGGUCUGCUGACAACAAUAUCACUAAGAAGUCAUUGGUUGCAUGGGAGAAACUAUGUACUCCUAAGUCUGUAGGAGGGUUGAACUUAGUCAAUCUUCAAUUGUAG